AUGGCACUCCAAUUACACAGGAGCCUCCUGCACCAGCCUCGCGUGGGCUCGAUAUUCCAUACAUGCCGCACAUUCAGCACUCCUGCGUCCUUACUGUCUGGGCAUAGCAAGUGGGCGACCAUCAAACAUGACAAGGCCAAAAACGACAAGGCGAAGAGCAAGGAACGCCAGAUGGUGAGCAAGGAAAUUGCCAGCGCUACACAAUGCAUGCACCCAGUCAUCUUAUGGGGCGCCGAUCCAAAGUACAACCCCCGUCUGACGCUCGCACUGUCGAAUGCGAAGCGAGCCUCAAUUCCCAAAAAUAUCAUCGAAGCGGCCAUCGCGCGUGGUCAAGGACUCAGUUUGACCGGUCAAGCUUUGGAGUCGCUCACGAUUGAAGCGAUGCUCCCUGGGGGUGUGGCCGCAGUGGUCGAGUGCCAGACCGAUCAGAAAGCCCGCGUUCUACAAGACAUUCGACACUUGAUCAAGAACGGCGGAGGGACAGUGACACCAACAACAUUCCUUUUUGAAAAGAAAGGGCGAGUGGCUUUGGAGAAGAGAGAUGUAAAUGCGGACGAUUUUCUGGAUCAGGCCAUUGAGGCUGGCGCCACGGAUAUCAAUACGGACGACAAUGGCCGGCUAGUUUUGUUCACCGAUCCCUCUGAAACAAAAAGUGUUGGGGAGACAUUUGCAAAACUAUCUGGGUUGACGAUCGAAGAGCUUGAGAUGUUCUGGGACCCUAACCAGGAAACUCUGGUCAAGGUACAGGACGAAGAGCAGAUCAAGGUUCUCGAAGAUCUUCUGAGUUCCUUGCGCGAUGAUCCCAGCGUUCAGGAUAUCUACUUGAAUGCCACGGAGAAAUUCUGA